CUUCAGCGCUCGCCACUUGCCGAGCUGCCUCAUAAUAAUUGUUAUAGAGACGAGUUCAAUAAUUAAGCGAUAAAUAUACCAACAGAGUGGCGGCGAGUGGACAGCGGCAGUCGAGUGGCGGCCGCGUCGCGUAUCAGACACUCGUGCAUGUGAUGGGCUUGGAAGUUCAUUCGACAUUUUUCUAUUGGACGUCGAAGGAAUCUCACCGGACUGGUUCCCGCGCAACGCUGCUUAGUGCGCCGCUCUGGUGAACCCUUUCGCUUGUAAAUGUGCCGAUAUUUACAUAUGCGCGCUCGAUCUUGCAUCGAACUUUCGAUCUGCGCCCGUAGCUCAAUUGGUGUGCUUCGCUAGCAGGCCGCCGCUGCCCCAGCGCGCUCACCUCCCGCACAGCGUGCGAUGAUCCACGUGGGUCGAGGAGAACUAUGCGUGGGGCGUGCGCGUGCGCGGUGGUGUGCGCGUUGGUGGCACUGUGCGCGGCCGCGGAGCUGGACGAGGCGACGCGCGCCGCCGCCGAGAAGCAGCUGCUGGCGCUGCUGGGCCUGCCGCGCCGCCCGCCGCCGCGCCGCCGCCCGCCGCCGCCCGUGCCGCGCGCCAUGCGCCUGCUGUACGACGAGCGCUCCUCGCUGCCCGCCGCCGGCGCCAACACGGCGCGCGCCUUCUACCACACGCCCACCGAUCUCGACGAUCGCUUCCCCGGCGAGCACCGCUUCCGCCUGUUCUUCAACAUAAGCGGCGUGCCUUCGGACGAAGUCGCGCGAGGAGCCGACCUCUCCUUCCAGAGAGCCGUCGGCACGACGGGCAGGCAGCGGCUGCUGCUGUACGACGUCGUCAGACCCGGCCGGCGGGGCCGCACCGAGCCUAUCUUGAGGCUCCUAGAUUCCGUUCCGCUCCGAUCCGGGGAGGGCAUAGUCAACACGGAUGCUCUGGGCGCGGCGCGACGGUGGCUCGAGGAGCCCAAACAUAAUCAUGGACUUUUAGUGCGAGUUUUAGAAGAAGGUGCCGCGAGCAAAGACGCUAAGUUUCCGCACGUGCGGGUCCGAAGACGCGCUACGGACGAGGAGGAGGAGUGGCGAACGGUUCAGCCGCUGCUCAUGCUGUACACGGAGGACGAACGCGCGCGAGUCGCGCGGGAGGCCGGCGAGACGCGGCUGACGCGCAGCAAGCGCGCCGCGCAGCGCAGAGGCCACCGCGCGCACCACCGGCGCAAGGAGGCGCGCGAGAUCUGCCAGCGCCGGCCUCUGUUCGUCGACUUCGCCGACGUGGGCUGGAGCGACUGGAUCGUGGCUCCCCACGGCUACGACGCGUACUACUGCCAGGGCGACUGCCCGUUCCCGCUGCCGGACCACCUCAACGGCACGAACCACGCGAUCGUGCAGACUCUUGUCAACUCAGUGAAUCCCGCGACGGUGCCCAAAGCGUGCUGUGUACCGACACAACUCUCAUCUAUAUCUAUGUUAUAUAUGGACGAAGUGAACAACGUGGUGCUUAAAAAUUAUCAGGACAUGAUGGUAGUAGGUUGCGGCUGCCGAUGACGAAGGCGCGACCGGCUCGCGCGGACCUAGUGAUAUAUCGUGGACCCAGUGUACAUAUAGUAGAGGCCUCGACAAUUGUACAUAAUAUAUUUGUAUAUACACUUGUGUAAUUAUUAUUUUAUUGAGAAGAUUAUGAUGUAAUAAAAGAUUUAAAUUUUAA